AUGCAAAAUGAUGCUGGAAAACAUUGUGAAAUAAAAAAUGAAAACGCUAAUGAGGACAUUGCUACAAAUUAUUUACGAGAAUGGCAACGACAAGUUACUAAUAUUUUAUCCCUAAGUCAAAUAUUGAAACUCGAUGCCAUUAACUUUAAACGUAAACCUGAUCCAGACAACCAAGAACCUGUUGAUGACAUUAUUAACACUAAUAAAAUUCAACCGGAACUCGAUUUAGAUAAUCUGGAAAUAUACUUUCCCAAGAAUUUGUUGAUCGUUGUUGAUUCACCGAUUAUGGCUUUAUGCUGUGAUGUAAUACAAAAUGACUUUUUUGCAAAAUGGAAUAUUAGAUAUCUGAUGAACAACUAUAAAGAUGCGAUCAACGUUUUACGUAAUCCAAAUUUCGAACUUUUGCAAUUUGUUACCGUCGCGUUACUUAAAGAAUUUAUCAAUUGUCGUUGGAGUUCAUUAGAAUCUGUCCAAAACACGGAAACAGAGCAUUUAAUGUUUAUUGACAAAAUAAAAAGUAUUGAUGAAGUUAUUAAUGAUCUAGCUAUAGAACGUCAGUAUCAUCUUAUUCGUUCACUCAACUAUAUUUUCUCCGUGGUUUAUAUGUCAAAGGACUCUCAUUGCAUGGAAUUAAAUGUUUUUGUAAAUUAUCAUCCAUACUAUUGCACUUCAUUCUUGCAUUCCUCAUCAAGUCCUCCAUUGGCCGCAUAUUUACAAACUUCGAGUGCUUGUAAAGAUACAUAUAUAUUGACAUCUCAUGUAGACAAAAAUCAUAGAGCUAAUUCAAGUAACACACGUCUUGAUGUUCAAGCAAUUAAUAGAAGCGUUGAAAUAGUAACCAAAUUAUGCUAUGUUUAUGAAUCUAUCGAAAGCAGAAAAUAUAUCGAUUAUCGUCUUCGUGAUUUAACACCA